AUGUGACCCUUGUCCUCUGGCCUACGGGAUAUGUAUGAACCCUUGCGGGCAUUCACAAUGUGGAUAGACACCUACGGUCAAACUGCUGCCCAGUGAAACGACUACCUGGUGAGACAUGGCGUGUGUGUGCACGAAUAUAGCUUUUCACACACAUUAACAUGUAAGGUUAAAUGCAGUGAUUUACACUGGAUGGUCUUUAGUCAGUGAUCUGUUUCUUAGUCCAAAACCUGGAUCCAACCCUACAUCUACCAUGCCUCUGCAGAAGGACGCCCUCAGAGAGGUCUGGACACAUGACAGGCCCCAAGAGGACAAUGCUGCUGCUUCAACAUUGCGUCUGCAGGAAAAGAAACCAAAAAAGAAGAAAGAGGAGGCCAAUGGCACCACAGAGGCCAAGUCAAACGGAACCGAAGCCAAGCCCAAAAAAACAAAGAGCAAGAAGAGCGAGGAUGUGUCAGAAGACGAGAGCCCUGCCAUUCAAAAUGGAAAGAAGGUGAAGAAAAAGAAACCAGAAAAGGAUAAAGAAGGAGCAGAGAAGGAAAAAGAGAAAGAGCCAAAGAAGAAAGCCAAAAGUGCUCCAAAAAAGAAGAAAAGGUUGUAA